ACGCCGCCGCCCGAGCCCCACCCAAUAGCCCCACAAGCUCCCACCCGACCACCACAUCCAAAUCCCAGCCCUAACGUUCCUGGCCACCACCACGACCGCCAUGGUGAGCGAAGCCGCCAACGCCGGCAUCGAUCGCGUGCUGUGGUCGGAGGCUGAGAUCGCCGCGCGGGUCGCCGAGGUCGCCUCGGAGCUCGCUGCGGACAUCCGCCGGCUCCCGGAGUCGGCCGUCGUCGUGGGCGUCGCCACGGGGGCUUUCCUCUUCCUCGCUGACCUGGUGCGGCGCAUCGACGCGCCGCUCGCCGUCGACCUCGUGCGCGUCGAGUCGUAUGGCGACGGCACCGAGUCCAGCGGAAGGCCCCGGGUCACUGCUGACCUCAAGGUCGACGUAGCCGGGAAGCACGUCGUGGUGGUUGAAGAUAUUGUGGACACAGGGAAUACUGUUUCCUGUCUCAUUGCCCAUUUACAAAAGAAAGGAGCACUGUCCAUAUCAGUUUGCACUUUCCUGGACAAACCAGCAAGAAGGACAGUCGAUUUUCAGCUAGUGGGGGGUGGAAAAUUUUAUAGAGGCUUCGAGUGCCCCGACAGCUUUGUUGUUGGCUAUGGUAUGGAUUAUGCUGAGCUCUACCGCAACCUGCCCUAUGUUGGAGUUCUCAAGCCUGAGAUGUACAAUAAGAAAACUGACAACUAGGCCGGAGGCAGACAAGACUUGCAACCCAUUUUGCAAGAGCACAUAAAUUUUGAAGAAACACAAACAUUUCGGUUUUUAUAUUUGUAGGCAUAUGGUGCUUAAUUUUGCACUAAACAUUUCGGUUUUGAAGAAACACAAACAUUUCGGUUUUUAUAUGGUGCUUAAUUUUGCACUAAGCAUAAA